UUAAAAAUAUGAGCUUUGCUAAUUCUAUUCCAUCAAUUAUUCCGUCCUCAUCAACAUUAACAUCUCCAAUUAUAACAACUUGUGAAAAUAUUAAUGAGACCUCUUCACCUUACAAACAAGACAAUCAACAACAACAACAAAACAAUUUAAAUCAGACUAGAAGUUCCCCAACAUCUGUGGGAACACCAAAAGAAAAUUCUUCUGGUACUGGAAAGCAGCCACCAUCAAAAAGUUAUUGUAUUUUGACUCCUUGUAGCAAUUCUCAUCCUUUUGAAGAGCGAAGAAUUCUUGUUGGACGAUCAGAAGAAAAUGCUGUCAGAAUUGGGCGUUCUAUCGUUAGACUUCAACCAGCACAUAGCAAUGCUAUUUUUGAUUGUAAAGUGCUUUCAAGGAAUCAUGCAAUUCUCUGGAUGAAUGAUGACGUCCAUUUCUUUAUUAAAGACACACGAAGUUCAAAUGGCACUUUUAUAAAUAAUGAUCGAUUGAGUCCAAGUGGAGAAGAAAGUGAACCAAGAGAGCUCUUUUCUGGUGACAUUCUUCAACUUGGAGUUGAAAUUGUGGAUAAUGCAAAGAAAGUCGCUAGUGGAUGUGUUACUUGUAUUGUACGUUUGACAAAUGAGAGGGGUGAAGAAUAUGUUGAUAGACCUCAAUUGGACUCUUUUGCUUUUCCCAUUCGAAAUGAAAAUCAAAUUCCAUUAAAUUACACUUUGGUUAGAAAUGACAAAUUAUUUAUUUUUGAACAAUAUUUGAAAGAAGCAAAACACAGAGAAAAUCUUCUCGGUCAAAAGCUUCAAACAAUCGAAGGUCAACUCUUAACUGCACAAGAAGAACUUCAGGCAAAAUGGGAUGAACAUAUCAACCAGGAACUUCUUCUUUCUCGUAUUGAACUUCUUGAAUCUCAAUUAUUAACUUAUCUUAACGCUAAAAACGCUGUAUCGCCCAAAAAUGCCCAAACUGCCUCUACUAACUGUGUAGAAAAAGAAGAGGAAGUGAAUCAAUUAAAACGAGAAAUUCGAGAAUUAAUUGAAGACAGAGCAAAGUCUGAACAAUUGGCUAAAGAGUCGAUUAGGAAGAAAUGCGAACAAAUUCAGGAAGCGACAAUGCGUUUGAAUGAUGUGGAGAUGGGUUUGGUAAAUGUGGAGGAGGAGUGCGCCUUUCUUCGACAGCGUUGUUCAGAUUAUGACUUGCAAUUAAUCAAGCAAAGAGACAAUUAUGAUAUGCUUAUGGGGAAGUAUAAUGAGGUCUGUGCUCAACUAGUUACGGCAGAAAAGGCUGCUGCUAGUGCCGAAAAACCUCUUCAACAACCCUAUUUUCUUGGUACUCUUGUGUUAUAUGCCCCCAUUUUUUAUGUCCCCCUUUUCUUCUUCUUACAUUCUAAUGCCUUCAUUUCUAAUUGCUAUUUGGAUUAG